GCCCCCGCGGCGCGUCUCCGGGCGGAAGCAGACGGCCGCCGGGGCCGCCGUCCUUCCGGUGCCUCCGCCGGUGCCAGCCUCCGCCUGCGGCGCUCCGCCCGGGCGGCGGGGAUGCACGGCAGCUGUCGGCCCAGGGGGGGCGACCACAGCGCCCCCGCGGGAGCCGCUCCUCCCGCAGACGCCCCGCGGGGCGGGCCCACGGAGAGCGAGCCUGGGAUCGUGUCGCCCUUCAAGCGCGUCUUCCUCAAGGGCGAGCGCGGCCGAGACAAGAAGGCGCACGAGAAGGUGACGGAGCGGCGCCCCCUGCACACGGUGGUGCUGUCCCUGCCCGAGCGGGUGGAGCCCGACCGGCUGCUGAGCGACUACAUCGAGAAGGAGGUGAAGUACUUAGGUCAGCUGACGUCCAUCCCAGGGUACCUGAACCCGUCCAGCCGGACCGAGAUCCUGCACUUCAUAGACAAUGCGAAGAGGGCCCACCAGCUCCCCGGACACGUGACGCAGGAGCACGACGCCGUCAUCAGCCUGUCCGCCUACAACGUCAAGCUGGCCUGGAGGGACGGCGAGGACACCAUCCUCAGGGUCCCCAUCCACGACAUCGCGGCCGUGUCCUACGUGCGGGACGACGCCUCGCACCUGGUGGUCCUGAAGACAGCCCAGGACCCCGGCGUCUCCCCCAGCCAGAGCCUGUGCGCCGAAAGCCCCCGAGGCCUCGCCGCGGGCCCCCUGUCCGAGAGCGGCGUGGUGCCCGUGGAGGCCUGCUGCCUGGUGGUGCUGGCUGCCGAGAGCAAGGUGGCCGCGGAGGAGCUGUGCUCCCUGCUCGGGCAGGUCUUCCAGAUCGUGUACACGGAGUCCACCAUCGACUUCCUGGACAGAGCCAUCUUCGACGGGGCCUCGACGCCCACCCGCCACCUGUCCCUCCACAGCGACGACUCCUCCGCCAAGGCGGACGUGAAGGAGCCAUACGAGACGGACGCCAGCACCUUCUCCUUCCCCGAGUGCGUGCCCGUGGGGCCCCACGCCCAGACAGCCAGUGAGAGCGAGCUGAGCGCCACGGCCGCCGAGCUGCUGCAGGACUACAUGCUCACGCUGCGCACCAAGCUGUCCUCGCAGGAGAUCCAGCAGUUCGCGGCGCUGCUGCACGACUACCGCGACGGGGCCUCGGUGCACGAGUUCUGCAUCAACCUGCGGCGGCUCUACGGGGACAGCCGCAAGUUCCUGCUGCUGGGCCUGCGGCCCUUCAUCCCCGAGAAGGACAGCCAGCACUUCGAGAACUUCCUGGAGACCAUCGGCGUGAAGGACGGCCGCGGCAUCAUCACGGACAGCUUCGGCCGGUGCCGGCGGGCUGCGAGCUCCGCCUCGACCUCCACCUCCAACGGGAACAGGGCGGCGGGCAGCUCCGACGACCAGUCCGUGCCCUCCGAGGGGGACGAGUGGGACCGCAUGAUCUCGGACAUCAGCAACGACAUCGAGGCGCUGGGCUGCAGCAUGGACCAGGACUCGGCCUGAGGGGCUGGUGCCUGCGGGCCGCCUGCCCGAGAGGGCCGGGGCCGGGCCGGGCAGGGCUGGGCCGCCCUACACUGUGAAGGAGACGCCGGGGGUGGGGGCGGGGGGCAGCGGCUGCCCCGAGCCGCCUGCACCCGGACAGCUGCCGUUCUCGCCCGCCAUGCGGCGUCCCUGUCAGAACUCAGAGACCCAAAGAAGUCUGCUG